UUUGUUAUAAAGAGCCUCCCCUCCUCCCUCUUCCUCUUCCUCCAUACUCAGUCCCAAUCUCAGAUCCACCAACCCCCCCGCCCCUGACAAAGAACAAUGGAGACGUUUUAUAUCGUGUUCUUUGGGUUUUUGUCGCUGGUGGUGGCUGUGCUGGAGCUGAGCAAAGGCAGCAAGGACAAGAUCUCAACCUCCUCCGCCUUCAACUCCUUCAAGAACAACUACCUCGUCGUCUACUCUCUCAUGAUGGCUGGAGAUUGGUUACAAGGUCCCUAUGUCUACUUCCUCUACAGUCAGUAUGGCUUUGAUAAGGGUGACAUUGGCCGCCUUUUCAUCGCUGGUUUUGGAUCCUCCAUGCUCUUUGGAACAAUUGUAGGAUCUCUCGCUGACAAACAAGGUCGGAAGAGGGCAUGUGUUACCUACUGCAUAACUUACAUCUUGAGUUGUAUGACCAAGCAUUCCCCGCAAUAUAAAGUGUUGAUGUUGGGCCGUAUAUUGGGAGGAAUUGCCACGUCUCUCUUGUUUUCGUCUUUCGAAUCUUGGCUUGUUGCUGAGCAUAAUAAGAGGGGAUUUGAACCGCAAUGGCUGUCUUUAACUUUCUCGAAGGCUAUUUUUCUUGGCAAUGGUCUCGUUGCCAUUAUCUGUGGAUUAUUUGCAAACAUGUUAGCUGAUAACUUGGGUUUUGGCCCUGUGGCUCCUUUUGAUGCCGCUGCUUGCUUCCUUGCAAUUGGCAUGGCUGUUAUCUUAUCAACAUGGAGUGAAAACUAUGGAGACCCUUCUGAUAACAAGGAUUUAAUUACUCAGUUUAAGGGUGCUGCUUUAGCCAUUGCUUCUGAUGAGAAAAUUGCUAUGCUUGGUGCAAUUCAAUCACUAUUUGAAGGCUCCAUGUAUACCUUUGUGUUCUUGUGGACUCCUGCUUUAAGCCCAAAUGACGAGGACAUUCCUCAUGGUUUUAUUUUUGCGACCUUCAUGUUAUCUUCAAUGUUGGGGAGCUCUAUUGCAUCACGGCUAAUGGCUCGGCCAACACUUAAAGCUGAAAGCUACAUGCAGAUUGUUUUUGUAAUCUCUGCAUUGACACUACUACUUCCUGUUCUUACACCUUUAUUAGUGACACCUACUGCGGUUAAAGGGGGAAGUAUCUCCCUUGCGGGCUGUAUCCAACUCUUUGGCUUCUGCACCUUUGAGGCAUGCGUGGGAAUAUUUUGGCCAUCCAUAAUGAAAAUGAGAUCACAAUAUAUUCCAGAAGAGGCUAGGAGCACGAUCAUGAAUUUCUUCCGCAUUCCACUCAACAUUUUUGUGUGUGUUGUGCUUUACAAUGUGAAUGCAUUCCCUAUCACCGUCAUGUUUGGCAUGUGCUCUAUUUUCCUAUUAGUUGCUUCCAUUUUGCAAAGGCGGCUGAUGACUGUUGCUGAGGCCCACAGAUCAAAGUCUGAAAACUGGACAUCAAUGAAAGAGAGGGAUCCUGAAACAGAACCACUAAGCAUGUAACAAGCAAUGAGCUGGUGGAAACCAGAAUUAGUUCACUUUUUAGUGGCCUCAGCUCAGAAGAUAAUUGCAACCGAUCAUCGUUAAUUCAUAUUUCAAAUGAAGUAUGCUUUGUGAAGGAGAUUGGAGAUUCGUAGCGCACACCCUCAAGUUAAAAUCCUGUAGCCUCUUUUACUUUUUUUCGCAGUUAAAAGUAAUUGGUCUUAAUUGAGUUCUUAGCUGGGGUUAGUGGGUUGCCUGUUGGAUCGCUUGGUCCCUAAUAUUUUUGCACGCUGAUUUUACUUCACUACGUCGAGCCUUUCUAUGUGCAUGUUGGAUCUUUAGUUUUGCGGGCUAUAUUGGAAAUAGUUCUGGAGAUGCAAUA